UUGACCCUAAUGAAGUCCUUGUGGAAGUGAAGAAGACAGGAAUUUGCGGUUCGGAUGUACACUUCCUUCUCCACGGAAGGAUCGGAGAUUUUGUUGUAGAGAAGCCCAUGGUGCUGGGUCACGAGGCAGCAGGCGUGGUCUCGAAAGUUGGUUCCAGUGUAACAAAUGUCAAAGUGGGUGACCGAGUGGCUAUGGAGCCUGGCGCAACAUGUCGCAAGUGCGAAGCCUGCAAAGAGGGUCGCUACCAGCUUUGCCCCGAUGUCAUCUUCGCUGCUACUCCUCCCACGGAUGGCACUCUCGCUCGUUACUACCGCCUACCGUCUGAUCUCGCUUACCCACUUCCACCAAACCUCAGUCUCGAGGAUGGAGCGAUGACGGAACCUCUUUCCGUGGCAGUCCAUGCUGUCUCGAAGCUCGGUGCUUUGCGGUCGAACCAGUCUGUCGCCAUCUUUGGCUGUGGACCGGUCGGACUUCUAUGCAUGGCCGUUGCCAAAGCUCUUGGCGCUUCCCGUGUUAUCGCUGUCGAUAUCGUUCCUGGUCGUCUUGAAUUUGCCAAAGCAUAUGCUGCAACUGACGUUUUCCUACCUCCUCCCAUGGAAAAGGAUGAAUCGAGAGUCGCAUUUUCAAUGCGCAAUGCUCAAGCGAUGAAAGAGAAGCUCGGAAUCGCUGAUCGUGGACCUCAGGCAAUUGACUUGGUUUUGGAUGCUUCUGGUGCGGAGGUCUCUAUUCAGACUGGUAUCCGGGUAGUCAAGAGUGGUGGCACAUACGUUCAGGUCGGCAUGGGUAGCCCCAAUGUCAACAUCGACAUGUUUGUUGUCAUUUGCAAGGAACUCGUCCUCAAGGGCUCUUUCAGAUAUGGCCCCGGUGACUACCCUCUCGCUAUCGCCCUUGCUGCGUCAGGUAAGGUCGACGUCAAGCCCCUUGUGUCGCACCGAUUCCCGUUCACGCAGGCGCGCGAGGCAUUUGAAACCACUCGCAAUGGCAAGAGCCCCGAUGGCAAGGGGGUCAUCAAGGCCAUCAUCUCCGGACCUGAUGUUGACAUCAACGAGGCUUGAAAAACCACAUGCAUUUGCAGAGAAAACAUAGCGUAACGUGAUUCAGGACCAUAUACUUCGAGCCUGUAUUGUAUGCGAAUUUUUGUUGUUUUGAUAGUGGUCGUUACAUUAAGAAUGUGGCAAGACUCAAGUUACGUCAUGAUCAAUUGUAGGAAAUCUUUGAAGCACUGCCAG